AAAUUGACACUUGAACUGCUUAGGGUUGCAACUGCUUCCUGGGCGCAGGUUCAUCAACAUCUUGUGGGCUUUAGCCGUUAUCAAAUCCAAAGUCGGUGGCGACAAAUCAACCCUGAACAGUCAAAGGGUCCCUUUACAGUGGAGGAGGACUUCAUUCUUAUAAAAGGUUUACACAUGUUUGGAUUGAAUUUUUCAAACAUUGCCCACUUCAUGCCCGGUCGAUCAUAUUCUCAAGUUCGUGAUAGAUACAGGCGAACUAUCCUGCCAAACUUAACCUACAAACCCUGGACAAGAGAAGAAGAUGAAAUUCUUAUUCAGGAGUGCCAAGUUGGCCCUCGCAAUUGGCGUAAGAUGAUCCUGCAGUUGCCAAGGAGAAAUGCCUGUCAGAUCAGAGUGAGGUAUCACAUCCUCCAAGAAUGGCAGACCCUCACGAACAGUAAUUUGCCCCCUCCUCCCUUGUUCCCAGUGUCCACAACUACUGAUGCAGAACUGAUCAACAAGAUUCGUAUGGAAAUGAUUCGGGACACUAACCAAGUCAAGGAACUAGUAGACCAGAGUAGAACAAAAACUGAUAAGAAAGAUACAGUGAUGGUAUUGGAGAACCGCCGCCAGGAGAUAAAAGCCAGGAAGGCUGAUAACUCGAUGCAGAAACUGAAGUGUGUAACAGAGAAACGAGGACGAAGACUAGGAACUCCUAAUCCGCACCAGAUCACACUUGAAAAUACUCUUCUCACACAGUUCUUUCUUCCAUGGAGGUCCUAUCCAGGAAGUAUAAGUAUUUCAAGUGAAAUUGUUCAGUCAAAUCUUCGUUUGCUGAGUAAAGUUCAGCAGUUGAAGAUUUCCUCUGUGGUUUCUCCAGAAGAGCGAAAGAUGUUGGGUGCCCUCCAGUUGUCUGAUAUAGAUACUGAGGUUGUUGACUCACUGGUCAUAAAGCAUUCAUAUCCAGAGGGAGAAGAAGCAGCUGAUGAAUUUGAGGCUCAUGUUGAUGCUUGUCCAGAGACUAUCCCUCUCAUCCCACCUAAUCAGACAACCUUAGGGGCCUUUAUUUCCCUUUUGAUGCACCGACCUCAGCUGGAGCAAAUGGCCUCGGGUGGUAUGAUAAAACUCAAAUUUAAAAAGUUACAGGAAGCUGGUCGGUCAAGCAGGAGAGGGCGGAAGAGGAAAUUAUUAGAAAACUUCAGACACCCAUUCCCAGGGACAAGCAGGGGACUGGCCAGUGAUUGGUCAGAUAUUGACAGCCCAGAUGAAAGAGAAAGUUCAGAAACAAGAACAGCACAACAGAAAGUUCACAUUACAUCUGUGGAAUUGAACAAGACAUCAGAGCCAGCAUCUAAAACCAGAAGGAUGAGUAGAAGGAACAUACAAAGACAAAUUGCAGAAAAUGUUGCAACAUAUUCACGAGGCAAAAUUGGUGGAAAUCCCAUUCCCAUAAGUGUGAGUGAAUCUGCUGCAGAGGCCACAAAAGCAAGUACAAUGGAUUUCAUGGUGUCAGAAGAGACAGAAAGUAGAAUAUUUGUACUAAAUAUAUGUUUGGAACAGGAGGAAUAUAUAUCCUACUUGGAAAAAAUAGAAAAACUGCGUCAGAAAAAAUUGAAGAAACAGCAACUUUCCACAGACAGCUCAGAGGAUUGUGUGGGGGAGGAUAAUACAGCUUACACAACACCUUCAGAAACAGAUGGAACCGAAGGGGAAUUCACAUUGCAAGAGGAGGAAGGAACUGAUUCUCGGGUAUCUGAAAGGUCUGCAAUCAAGCAGCAGUCAUUUAAGUUUUUAGAAACAGCAGGCAUGAUAGACAAGCCAUAUCCACUGUAA